GGAAAGAGGGCGGGUCAACAAGUGUUUGCAAGAGUGUUUGGGGUACCCUGCAGGCAGAUAUCCCUCUGCGGAAACUUUCAGGACGUCCCUUUAGAACUAGAGAGGACAGUCAGCGCGGACACCGACCUUUACGCACCGAGCGCAUUUAUUGUAGGCACAAGGGACUUUAAAAAGAGCAUUUAAUUUGUAGAAAUCCACCGACAGCAGCCAGCCAGAAUGAGUAAUGGAUCCAACCCAACUAUGGACCCAAGGUGCUUGCAAAAGCCUCCUCUCGCCAUCGACAUCAUCCUCAAUUUGGACAUCUUCGGCCUCAUCCUGUACUCUGUGCUCACCUUCAUGGCUGCAGUGUCCAUGCUGGUCUACAUAGAGGAGUGUAUCUACAUCUAUAGGAAAGUGCCCAACAAUAAGAAGAGUGUUAUCAUCUGGGUGAAUGGGGCAGCACCGGUGAUUGGCACCAUGUCGUGUCUGGGGAUGUGGAUCCCCAGAGCCACCAUGUUUACUGAUAUGUUCUCUGCCUGUUAUUUUUCCAUCGUGGUGUUCAAGUUCCUGAUCCUGAUGGUGGAGGAGGUGGGUGGUGAUGAGGGCUUCCUGAAACGAGCGGGGAAACAUAAACUAAAGAUCAGCACAGGGCCUUGCUGCUGCUGCUGCCUAUGCCUUCCAUAUGUUGCCAUCACACGGCGCUCCCUCUUCCUGCUCAAACUAGGCUCCUUCCAGUUUGCUCUCCUGAAGCCAGUCUUCACUAUCCUUUCCAUUGUCCUCUGGACCAACGGGACUUUUGACCUGGCCGAUUUGAACAUAACCGGAUCUGCAAUAUGGAUCAACCCCUUUGUCGGCAUCUUGACAAUCACCGCACUGUGGCCUGUAGCCAUCAUGUUCAUGAACCUGAGGACUGCCCUGCGCACGCUCAAGAUCAUCCCCAAGUACGCCAUGUACCAGCUUGUGCUGGUCCUGAGCCAGCUGCAAACAGCCAUCAUCAACAUCCUGGCCUUAAAUGGAACCAUAGCCUGCGCUCCGCCCUUCUCCGGCGCAGCCAGAGGAUACAUGUUGAGUCAGCAGCUUUUGAUCCUGGAGAUGUUCAUCAUCACGCUUGUAACACGUCUGCUGUACCGUCGGCAGUAUGACCCUUUACCUGAAGAAGAACACGACGACAAUGAAAACACCAAGAUGGCUCCAGUGCCUUGAGUCUGCUUGAAAAUUUGUGUGCUUGUAUAUGUUUGAGUGUGCGAGUGUGUCACUGUUAUUCCCUGCAUGUAUUUGAUUAUGAGAAUAUAUAUAAAUAAAUAUAAAUAUGGAUUGUA